CUCUAUAUAAAAAUAAACAUGGCAAUUAAAAUUGGUAGCGCGUUUUGCCGCCAAAAAGUUGUAGACGUUAGCAGCACAGUUGGCCCGAGUUUUAAUUAAUAUUAUUUAGAAUUAUUUCAAUGAAAUAUAAUAUAUAUAGAUAUAUGUAGUAAAUUUGUAAAUAUGGUCUCGACGAUGAAGGAUCUUACCCAUUAUUUUCAAGACAGUGUCAAAUCCAAAUGUGAACCAUGCCAAAACUCGUCCGAAUUGAAUAUCAAAUUAAAGGAUGAAUCUGAAUAUUCUUGUAGAAAAAAACGUACUCGUGUCAAAAUAAAGAUAUCUCGUAGAAAUUCGAAUAGCAGGGUAUGCAAUAUCAUUGAGAAUAAAAACGAUUUAAUUGAUAAAACUCCAAGUCCAUUUUCUAAAUCGUUGGGAAAAAAAGAAAGAACUUCUAGCAGUGAAAGGUCGACGACAGAGGUUAAGGAGAAAGAAAAUGAAGAAGAUAGUACUGGAAAAAAGAACGAACAAAUACUUUCAAAAGUUAAUAUUAAUUGUAUAUUAAUAGAAUCGGAUGAGGAGACUGAAACUUUAGAAAACGAGGUGGUAAAUGAUAAUCUUUCUUUAUCUAUGGACAACAAAAUUCAAUCAAUUCAAUCUCAAAUGGAAUGUAGUGUAGAAAAUUCAAAUGAAUUUCAAUGUAAUACUGCACCUAGCAGCGAUAAUCAAGUGAACAAGGAAAAAAUGGAAGCAGAUAUCGUUUGUGAGCCUAUUAAUGAGUCUAUUAAUGAUCAUAAACAAUGUAAUGCAUUUCAAGUUCUUAUGAGUUCAAAUAAAUCGAUAGACAAUAUUUCGUGUGUGCAGCAUUCGUUAAAAAAUUCCUCCUCUUCUUCCUCUGAAUCUAAAUGUUGCCAGGACAAAUUAUUACUUAUGAAAGAUAUUAAAAGUCAUUCAAAGAGAAAACUUAGCAACACGGAAGAUGACAAGAAAAUAGAAGAAAUUGCAGAAAAACGCUUGAAACGAUUUAAAGAAGAUACAAAGAAAAAUAAUUAUUCUACCAGUAAUAAGCAGAAUCCUAGUUCAAAUAAUUUAUUACAUUUUCUCAGCAAAUCGGCUAGACUAGGAGUAGAAAAAAAGGAUAAGAUAGAAGUUAACACGUCUACUAUAGUUGUAGAAGCAGAUGUACAUAUGUCAGAAGAACCAGAAAUGGUGGUAAAUUCAUUAACCAACGUAGCAAAAACUAAAUCAGAUUUUCUAUGCAAGAAAAUGGCUAAUAAAAAUAUUCAAUCAGAAUAUUCAAAUGUAGAUAAAAUCGAUUUCAUAGAAUUGGAUGAAAUAAAAGAAAAUUCCUGCGUAGAGGAAAAUCCAUUCAAUCCAUCACGAUUAUUGCAACGUGAUAAACCUAAAUGGUCUUUAAGAAUUAAAAUGUUAUCUUCAAAAAGUAAGGAAUCUUCAUCCGAUACCGACGAAGAAGUGUUAUAUUCUCCAAUAAGUAAAAACAAACGUAAGAUGGAAGAUAAAAAAAUGUCUAAAACAUCAAAUAAUAAUAAUAAUGGCAACGAAUGCGCAAGAUUAUCUUUGAAAAUGAAUGGUCGAAGAAAUAAAUCUGACAAAGUGAUUACUUCUCUUAACCAUGGGACGCCAAAUGAGGACCAAACCGACGACCAAACUGACGACCAAACCGACGAUAUUAUAUUCGAAAAAGAAAUCAAACAAUUAACAUGCAUUAAUAACAAAUAUAGAAAUCUUAAUGAGAACUAUAGUAAUACUAAUACGAAGGAUGUUUCCAAGGAUUCGCAAAUUGUAGAUAGUAACACUUUAAAAAGAGAACCUUAUAAAAAACUAGCACCUCUUUUUUUAAGACAAUCUAAGCAAAACGUUGUAACCGAGGCAACAAGAUGUUCAUUUUUUAAAUCGGACACGAUUAAUGAUAAUAGUAAAUAUAUGGAGAAAAAGGUACCUACUUGCAAUUUGACUUAUCUUCCUUUUCCAAAAUUUAGUCAUAUCAAACAAUUGAAUAAUGAAAUUCAAACUACGAACGACGAACUAUAUACACAUAAAAUUCGAUUAAAAUCAGAUAUUAAUUAUAUACCACCGAUGAUAUUUAAUGGUGAUAAUUAUAAAUAUAUUUCUCAAUGUUUUGAAUCAUCAAGUAAGUCUCAGAUAAUUACAAAUGCAUCGGUUGAAGAAAAUACAGAGGAGGAAGUAUUGGCAGAAAUAGAACAGCAUUGCUCAGAUACCAGAAAUAUAUGGGAAACUAUUAAUUCUAUAGCAAAGAAUAAGUUUAACGUAGUACAAUCGGAAAAAUCCAAAAGUAAGAAAUUAAAAAAAGAUCUAAUGAAAGAAUGCGACAAAAAGCAGGUAUUUGUAAACAAUAUUUGGACACAAAAAUAUAAACCGACUAGUAGUUGUCAAAUAGUUGGAAACGAAAAUGCUGCAAGAAAGUUAAGAGAUUGGUUAAGUCGCUGGAGAUCGUUUGUACAUAAAGAAGAAGCUAGUAGCAGCGGGGAUGAAUUUUAUUCAUCAGAUUGUAGUUUUACGAGCAAACAGAAAAAUAAUCAAGUAGCUGUAUUAUUGGGGCCACAUGGAAGCGGUAAAACUGCUGCUGUUUACGCCGUUACGGAAGAGCUUGGUUAUAGCGUAUUGGAAGUUAAUGCUUCGUCUAGAAGAACGGGAAAAAAAAUUGUCAAAGAACUCGACGAAGCAACUAAAUCGCAUCGAAUUAAAAAAAAUGGAAACAACAAAUCGUUAUUCAGGCCAGUUUUGCAAGAGGCAAAUAAUUCAUCACAAAAUUCUUUAAUUCUUUUAGAAGAUAUUGACAUAAUAUUUGAAGAAGAUGAAGGAUUUAUAUCUGCUAUAUCCCAAUUGGUGUCAAAGACGAAACGUCCUAUUGUAAUGACGUGCAAAAAUGUUUGCCCUCAUUUAAAUAAAAUGGCUCCCGAACAACAACGAAUUUAUUUCCAAAAAGUAGUUGGCAAUAGAGCAUUAACUUUACUCAAAUUAAUUUCCUUAGCAGAAACAGGCUGUCAAAUUUCGUGCGAAUGUUUAGCAGAACUCUUACAGAAUGGGGAUUUGAGAAAAGCUUUACUGCAAUUGCAGUAUCUGCUAGUUUCAGGUUUCGCGCAUCUGAGUAAAUAUCCUUUUAAUUCGAGAAGCUUUGUUUGGCAAGACAUGAAGUAUUAUCUGUACCAGCCGGCUAUAAAAGAAACGAAAAAACGGAAGGCGGCGAAAGACUGCGUAACGAAUAAUAAUAAUGGAAAUAUAUUAAAUAAUUUAAGCAGUCAGUUAGAUUACUUAUCGUUGUUAUCAUCCUUAAUUGAGAUUAAUGAUCCUGCGCUCGAUAUAGUAUGUACCAAACCGCAGUCCAGUUUAUCUCUAACAGAAGACACAACGCCAUACUCUGUUUCACAAAGUAUUAGUUUAGAAAUAGGAGAAUGGAUUAGUCAAAAAAUAAUUAAGGACAAUCACUUAAUUGGUAAAAAUAGAAUCCAAUAUCAAGACAGAUUAAGCCUAAAAAAGCAAUUAAAUGAAGGAGUCGAUAGCGCUUUAUCGCAAAUUACAUCUCAUAUUUUAGACAAUCGAUGUAUAUCCUUAGAUUACUUACCAUGUGUUAGAACAAUAUGUAGAAUGGAAGAAUAUCGAAGUGCGUCGUAUAUUAAAAGAGGUAAUAGAUUUUUUCAUUAUCUUAGUGGCUUCAAAUUGCCAACUUUGUCGACAAAAUCGAAUAUUUUAUCGGCUGCGUGUAAAAUGCUACAAGAGAAAUCAUGAUACGAUAUCAUAAUAUAUAAAUGGAUUAUAUUAGAUAAAUGAAUGUUUAUUAAGAAAAAUGGAAAUAAAUCCAUGACUACUAUUUUUCUUAAGAACAAAACUCUGUUAGAAAUUGUUUAAUAUUUAUAUAUUUAUAUACACUCUCUCUUUGAAAGAUGAUUCUCUUCGUAUAACUAAAAUAUAUUAAUUAUUCCAUUCUCCUUUUAAGAAUAAUAUGAAAUUAGUUUAAAAAU